CUUCAUAAUUCAGAGUUCAUGCGUAUACUUGUUGCUACGUUCUUAUCUUCAGAAAUCAGGAGAAAUCAUGAGGAUGAGGCAGAAAGAUUUGUGGGUACAGAUCCUUGUGCUGCUGUCGAGCGUGGCCUACUCGCUUGAGCUGGAUUACACCUCGAUUUUUAGCUUCGGAGAUUCCUUCUCCGACGCCGGCAACAUCGUCUUCAUCUACGGCCACAGGAAGCCCGACCUUACCAUGGUCAAACCGCCGUAUGGAAUGACCUUCUUUGGCCACCCCACCGGCCGCCUCUCCGAUGGAAGAUUGAUCGUAGAUUUCAUCGCCGAAGCACUGGGCCUCCCUCUGCCUCCACCGUCGUUCGCCGCCAACCGGAGCUUCGAGCAGGGCGCCAACUUCGCGACGGCCGGCGCCACGGCGCUGAACCGUGCGUUCUUCGUGGACAACAACUUCACGGUGCUGUCUCCGUUCAACAUCUCGCUCGGCGACCAGCUCGGGUGGUUCGACGACAUGAAGCCGUCGCUCUGCGGCGCCGGCGGCGAGCCACGUCGGUGCGAGUGCUACUUCUCGAACUCUCUCUUCUUCGUCGGCGAGCUCGGAUGGAACGACUACGCGUCCGUGCUGUUCGCCGGCAGAGGCGUCGACGAGGCGAGGUCUCACACCCCCGAGAUCGUCAGAACGAUCUGUGCAGGCACACAGAAACUCAUCGACGACGGUGCGAGGACGGUGGUCGUGUCGGGAGUCUCGCCGAUGGGAUGCACGUCGGGGAACCUCGUGCGGUUCGCGAGCUCAAGCGAAGCAGACUACGAGCCGGACACCGGCUGCCUGAGGAAGCUGAACCUUCUGUCCAUGGAGCACAACCGGCAGCUCCGUCAGGCCCUGGCGCAGCUCGCCGGCAGGAACCCCGGCGCGAGGAUCAUCUACGGCGACUUCUACGCCCCCAUCGCCGAGCUCGCCGCGACGCCCCGCCGCUUCGGGAUCGACGGGGAGGAGGGCGCCCUGCGAGCUUGCUGCGGCAGCGGCGGCGGGCGUUACAACUUCGACCUGAACGCGACGUGCGCCAUGCCCGGCGCGACCACCGCCUGCGAGCACCCGUCGGCGUACGUGAACUGGGACGGAAUCCACCUCACCGAGGCGGCGUACCACCACGUCGCCGAUGGCUGGCUGAGAGGGCCGUACGCUCACCCGCCCAUACUGAGCUCGCGUUCGCGAUAGCCGCAGCCGCAGGCCGCGGCGUCUCUCUCUCUGCUCAGUUUGGGACCUUUGGGUUUUGUGGGAGCUGUUCUAAGGUACUUCAUCUUACCAAUAAGGUAAUCCUCAAUAAUUGACACGAUUACCUAGAAUAACAUGUCAUCUAAAAAGUUUAAAAUUAGGAUAAAACACCUCUCUCAAUAUAUAGUUUCAUCUAUUAUUGUUUCCUAAUUACAUGCAAUACACGGGCUGUCUAGGCAACAGUGCAUAGAAGGUUUCAUCCCUAUGAAACUUAUUUCAUCUCUCUCUUCAUUAAUAUUUUACAACAUCAUCAAAAAUAUUUAUAUGAUAUCUUAUUUAUUGUUCAUAAAACUCCUAUUGAGAUUAGCCUAAGGAGGUAGAUGUUUUCCUAUCCUUAGUAGGUACCAUGAGGUACUACUUCCAUGUAAAAUUUGGUACCUUUCUAAUAUCUAAAGUAGCAAGAGAUAUUAAAUUUUACAUAAAAAAAUUGCUCUUCGUAUAAUCCUAGCCCUUGAUUAUUAGUGUUUUUUUUAUAAAAACAACUGCAUGAUUUCCCUAGUACGUAAAUCACAUCAUAAAUAAAAAGGAAAGGAAGAAUACAGGUAGCUUCCUUUCCAAAUUAUAAUCACGCAUGCAUGAAUUAGUAUGUCCUACAGAUCUAUCAUGAACGUUUUCAUGCAUGUUUAUUCUAAUUUCAAUCCUAAACCACAAAAAUAAUAAAAUUUACUAUAAGAAUAUUCCAAAGUUUCUGUUGCAGCGAAAGCGGAUUCAAACAAACAUAUUUGCUUUAUAUGAUG